UAGGAGUUAUUGUUAUAUAUUUUAUUUUUCUUGAGUUGCGUUGAGUUAUCGGAGCUUUUUAUUCAUAACUUUCGAAAUGCCACGCAUAAAGCCAACCACAACUAUCGAUGUCCUGGGCAAUCUGGACAUGCGGCCCGAGAUGGCAGUGGGCGAUUAUCUGAUGUCCAAGGCGCAGCAGAAGUUCUUUGUGAAACCGCCGAAUCCGGAGAGCGCUGGAGACUCCGUCGAGUUACUCUAUAUCCAUAAUACCCGAGAGCAUGAGAAGAUGUUGAAGUUGCAACAGGAAAUGCUCGAUAAUUGCAAGCAGCAGUCGCUAGUGAAUUCCGAGCGAGUAAAGGAAAUGUACAGGACGCAGGAGAAGCUGAGGCAACGCUUCAUCGAUGUGAACAGCUUUAUCAAGGACUGUUCCGAUAAGAAAAGACUCGCUGAGAAGGCGAUCAACGAUGAGUCACAGCUGCACGAGGAGCUUAGUAAGGAUAUCGAGAACAUCAAGACCUCGAUUGACGAGCUGACGACAUUUCGCGAAGCCCUCAAGGCAACUGUCGAGGAACUGCAGCCCUACGAGAAGGUGCUCGAUGAGGUCGUGAAAGUGUCGGACAUAUUCGUCUCUCCCAAGGAUUGCAUGGAUCGUUGCGAUGCGCUGAUGCUUGCUCAGGUGGAAAUCAGUGAGCUGGAAAAUAAGAAGCUCCAAGAAAUCGAGCAGAUGCGUCAGCACAUGGUAAAGAUCACAAGCGAGGCAGCUCUCACCGUGUUGGGCCUGAAGAAUGACUUGUCUUUCGUACAAAGGUCUUAUACCGAAUCCCAGGCUCUCUGCUUCAAAUGGGAGAAGAUACUGGCGGCAACUAAGGAUGUGAUCGCAGCUCAUCAUAUGGAAAAACAGCGCAAUAUAGAUGCAGUGCACUCAUUGUACUAUAUGCUAUGUCGACGAAGGGAUAUUGCGCCCGAUAUAAGCCGUCAAGAUAUGGAAGGCCAAUUGGACUUUAUUAAGAAUGAGCUGGAUUUGUUGCAGGAGCUCUUAAAGGAGUUUGAGAAAUCGGACAAUACGAAAAACUAAAAGCUGGCACAACGAAAUUAAAAGUAUUUGUAUAAAUAAAGAUUUUUUUCUUAAAAAUAAA